CCCCCCCCCCACUCCCCGGACCUCUCUCGGGGUGAGGCUGGGCGGACCCGGCGAUCCCACCGAGCUGGGCCGCAAGUGCCUUGCAGCCCGUUCUGACCCCGGGCCGUUCCCCCCGCCUGGCCCGGGGACCGGCCCGUCGGAGUCAGUGGGGCUCCCAGCGCGACCUGAAAGCCCAGGGGCGGAGGCCCUCGUCUGGCGGAGCUGUCGUGUUGCCAGUUGGGAUUUAUUGGGGCACCUCGUUCACAACGCCUCCGUACAGAAUAAAGUCUAGUCCUCGGGCGGCUCAGUGAGAGCUUCCUGUUCUUCGCCAGCAAACAAACGGGGGGCUUUUAUGAAUUCAGUAAAAGUAACCACAUUUCACAGAACUUCCGAGUAGCUUUUCCAUUACCAAUAUUUCCUGUUUCUUUAAAAAUGGAGAUAUCCUAUCUCCUAGAACUGGAAGGGACCUUGAAAGGUCAUGGAGUCCAGCCCCCUGCCUUCACUAGCAGGACCAAGUACCAAUUUUGCCCCAGAUCCCUAGGUGGCCCCCUCAAGGAUUGAACUCACAACCCUGGGUUUAGCAGGCCAAUGCUCAAACCACUGAGCUAUCCCUCCCCCCCCAAGGAAGUUGUUGAUAAAUUAUUGGAAGAGAGAGGCCCUCCAAUUGCAUCUAAAACAAUGGACUGUUCUUUAUUUUUCAAAUAUUGCUGAUUUUAAAACAAGAUCCAGGACUAAGAUCAGUGGGUCUCAAGUGAGUUCAGUAUAUUUAGGGGUCUAGCAUUUGAUGUUCUGGCUUCUCAGCUACCUUGGAGCUUGAAGCUGUUCUCACUGUGGUCAAUGGCGAUAGAAGUAAACCCUUAGUGUGUGGAGAAGUCUGAGCAGGAGUUUGUCUUGAAGUGAUGCUCUCUUCUAUUUCUAAGACUGCUCUGUAAAUGGCUCUACUGCUGAAUCUCAUAAGGCAACUGCUAGAAUACUUUGGUGUACCAGCUGAUCAGUUCAUACCAAGGUGGGAAGCUCAUAUAGACAAUAGCAGCAUUGGCCGUAUGAUUGAAACAUGUCUUUUUUCAACCCCCUUCUCAAGAAGGCACUUUCAGCAGAUUAUAUCAGUUUGGCAAAGUAAGGAAUAUGGAUCUACGCGAAGCAUUGUUCGUAGACUUGGGACAGUUCUUUCUUUAGAACCUUGUCCAAGACCUCACUUUCAGAUGGUCCAAGACCUGAAUUCUUUGGAUUAUGACGAACGAAGUACAACUCCAAAUCCUGUAGUUCCAUCUCUUGGUGAUAUUCUGAGGGUGGUAAAUGAUGAGGGAGAAUCUUUUGCUAGAUUUAGGGCUGAAUCAAGGGGAAAGGAAAUAAUUACAGUUGACCAUGAUGUAUCUCCAGCUAUAGUUUCCUUGCCAACUGCUCUAAAAAAUAGAGCAGAGAAAGAAAAUCUUGUGAAUGAAGAAGCAAUUAAAAAAAUUUCUGCACUUGAAAAUGAGUUAACCCUUCUUCGUGCCCAGAUUGCUGCAAUUGUUGCAGUGCAAGGAUCAAGAAAUAGUAAUCAAUCAGGUUCAGAUGUCUUGAAUUCAUUUGGCAUUCCAAGUGGUUCUUUCCCAGUGCCAGCAAUGACUUCUACUCCAUUGUCCACCGCACCAGAUCACUUUGUAAUUCCUCCACCUCCCCCACUUCCCUCCAUAGCACCAUCUGGCUUUGAAGCCAGUAAUUCAGCAAUUGAACUUAUUAAACAACGUCGUGCUGCAAGUAAGACCAGCUCAACAACUGUUGACAAAACUGAACACCAGAAGACCCAGGGUGUUCUUAGUAUGAUGGAUGUUUUGAAGGAUAUAAACAAAAUCCGACUGCGAACUAUUGAGAAGUCACCUGGCGGUACACCUCUUCCUAAGACAAGAAAAAGGCGGAGUUCACAGUGGGAUCCAGCAGCUCUAAUAGCUCAGGCUCUAAAGCAGAAAUUUGCACAUCAAAAUGGCAAUGAUUCAUUGGACAAAGAAAACAGAUCUUGUAAUACCUCCCCGUUUUCCAGUCCAGAAGCCCCUCUGGUUGGACGUCACAUUUUGAAGCCAAAUUCAAAGAACAACCUCAUAAAAGCUGAGGAAGUAACACAGAUAUCAACAGCAAAAGCAAGGGUACAUAUUUAACUGGUGGCGCUGUGUGGAAAAACCCAACAACUGGCAUGCUUAUGAGUGGCAGGACCAUUUCAGGAACAAUUCCAUAAAAUGUGUACACUGGGAUGUGUACACUCCCAUGCCCCAGGAGCUAUGGUUUAUAAAACUACCUCUUUUGAUUUGAGUGUCCCAACAGCCAAGCUUGUCAGUGUGUUGUCUGCUUAUAAAAAAAUACUUUAUUGGCAUUUAUUACUUUAUAGCUGCAGACCAGAAUGUUUGAAGAUAACUUUUUAGAUACUCUGAAUGGGAAGCAGAUCAUAUAAAAAAGACUGGAUGUUUCUCAGUGUGGAGGCUGAAGUAUACAUGGGAGUGUGGAAACAAAAUAUUAAUAGCUCAGGAAAUUAAGUUUUAAGUGAAGUAGGUAUGUUACUAUGUAAUCAAUAUUAAUAUUGUCCGUCAUCGAGAGGGUAGCAGGUCUCCCUGAGCUUCAUCAUAGCUUCCUAAAGCAACUCAGCAUUCCAUGUGCAAACAAUCUCUUAACUUAUUCUGGAUCAGCAGAGAAGUCCUGCUUACUAUGAGUGAUGGUACUUGCCUUGUUUUAAUUAAGUCAGAUAUGAACUGUGUGUUAACUGCCUGCAAUGAGGAAAAAGUUGUUGUGUUCUAUAGCAAAAAAGGCUCUGGAGAGACUUCUGCUUGCACAAGCUUAGUAUAAAUUCAUUAUGUAAAUAAACAUUCAUUGACUAUGGUGUUUUUCCCUUUUUGCUUCCGUAUUUUAGGUCAACAUUUUGUUGUUUUGUACAUAGUUUAUAAAAUAAAUUUCCCUUUUAUGUCACUGAA